CAACAUUACAUCAAUAGUGUGUACGUGUGUUGACAGUGAACGAAGAAAAAUAUUGAGCAGAAUAGAAAAACGAAAAAUUUCGACAGGAAUUAAAUGAAAGUUUCAGAAAAAUUCCGUUGCUGCUAAGGAUGUAAAAUUGAAUAAAAUUUAAACAAAUAUUCAAAAUUUAGUAUAGCAAUUAAGUGACAUGGAAGGAGAAAAGAUAUUGAUGGCUGCUGGAGUAACAGCAGCAUGCAUAACCGCAGCAUUUGUGUUCUGGGGACCUUCAGGUACGUCACGAUUAAGGCAGCGACGUGGUCAAAUUGCGGGUUUACAUAAUUUUGGACGUACUUGCUUUUUAAAUACUUUACUGCAAGCAUUAGCAGCAUGUCCGCAAUUUAUCGCUUGGUUACAAUUACAUGGAGCGUCCGACAAAAAGAGCUUGAUUGGAUCUUUGCUCAACACUUUAGAAGUUGUAAAUGGAACUCAUCCAACAUUACGCGCAGAUCCUUAUUCACCCGGCGCUGUACUUCGUGUUCUUUCUUCACUUGGAUGGGUUAUUCCACAAGACGAUGAACAUGACGCGCAUGAACUACUACAUGUGAUACUAUCGUCACUCGAAGAAGAAGCAAUCAGACCAAAGAAAAUUGGUUGUUUAUCGGAUGCACUCGGAGAUGGCACAUUAGAACUCGAUCGUCUAUUUCCACCGCGGCCAUCAAGUGCAUUGUUGUCAGACUUUGCUAGAGCUGAAUACAAUGAAGUGACAGGACUCAUGCGAAAUGUUCGAAGCGAAGCGCACACACCCGAUUCACCGCAAUCGGUGUGCAAUGAUCUCGAUGAUGAACCUCCUGACAAUACCAUGCUUGAUGAUAUGAUUGCAUCGCAAUCUCCCAUGGCAAUGCCAGAAAUGCGAAAGAGUCGCCCCAGAUCAACUCAACAGAAUGGUGAUGUUGGAAGUAAACGUGGAUCCCUUACCUACCGAUCCCUUGAACGCCUAAAUCGCGGCCCGAAUCGCGUGUCAGUUUACGGUGAACAGGCUCAAAUCCAAAUUCCACAUCCGUUUAGAGGUGCACAAAGUAGCCAAAUGAUUUGUACAGGCUGUGGCUACAAAUCGGUCGUACGUUAUGACAAGUUCGACAGCAUUUCGUUACCUUUACCCGAAAACAAAAAUAUUGGGCUAAGUCUUGGCCAUCUUUUAAGCGAUUAUGUUGCAUCAGAAAAUCUUACCGAUGUCACAUGCGAAUCAUGCAACGAAACCUGCAAUCACACCAAAUCUGUUACAUUUGCAAAGUUACCAGCAUGUUUAUGCAUUCACAUUUCGCGGAACACAUGGUUACCCAGCGGAAAAGUAUGCAAGAGACAAGACAUCGUUCAUUUCCCCGAAAGUCUGUCAAUGGCGCCAUACAGUUACAUUCAACCAAGUUUAAGUCAGGCUUCAACACCGUGGGGAAGCACAAUGUCACUUUUGUCAUCUAGUCUACAAUUAAAUACUGCCGGUUUGUCGGGCAACGAUUCAUUUAGCACAUACAAUUUUGGUGGCAUGUUCCCACGUAAUCUCUAUCGUUUGUUGGCUGUUGUGGUUCACACUGGUGAGGCAAAUGGUGGACAUUUUAUUACGUACAGACGUGGAGCGUUAAGAAAUUCACAUAGGUGGUACUACACUUCUGACUGUGUUGUCAAAGAGGUGUCUAUUGACGAAGUGCUAAGUGUUUCAGCGUACAUGCUGUUCUAUGAUCGGGGCACAGGACCUUCACGCCAGCCAAUCUAAUUGAUUACUACCAAUUGAUUGAAGAGAAGCACAAUGAAACGAAACAAACAAUUUUUUUUCCAAAAAUGCAUAAAUCAUAUUCACCAAAUAAUAAUUGUGACAAGAUCGUAAUUUUAUCGUAUCAAAAGUCAUUGAAUCAAAAAAAGAGGAUUGAGCCAUAAAUUUAGACAAGCGCAGAUCAAUUGAUUAUAUUAUUCUUUUUUUUCCAAUUCAACCAAUUUUCAUUUAUCCAUCAAGCAUAGUUUGUAAUUUUUAAGAGACUUUUGAUUAAGUUGUUGAAAUUGAAAGAAAUUCUAUUAAAACAUCCAAUUUAAUUCUCAUUGUUGUGUAAAUAAAUAUCAACUGUUGCAUUUAAAAUGUAUACAAAUAAAUGGAAUUAAUUUAAAAAAAAACACAGUGAUAGUAAUUUUUAAACAAAUCCAUUCUACCUUUCAUUGCAGUUUUGCUAUUAACAUUUAAGUAAAGUAGCAAUAUAUUUCCGAAAAAUACAUUUAAAAGUAGCUGCUUACGCUUCUGUACCAUUAAAAAAACAAACAAAAUCUCUGUAAAUUGUGGACUUUUAUUUAAU